GAAUUCAUAGCUUACUUUGCCCAACAGUAGGUUUAGGCUUUAGGCCAAGCCCAGCGGCAAAUUCGUAAUUUGCUUCCCUUAUUUAACAAUUUUAUUUUUGAAAGUUAUUGAACAUGUAAAAACUUGAAGUGAGACAAAGGAUUUGAGAGGCUCUUCCAGCACAGGUUUCUCAAUUUCUGUUCUUUCUUCUGCAACUCGGCCAACUGCGAAUCGAUCUUCCAAGUUCCCAGCACUACUUAGACCUAUUCUCUCUAUAAUGGAUUCUGCAACUACAAAAGAUAGGAUUUUGGUGCUUACAGAUGAUGUAACGGUAUCACUUAGUUCAGUUCUGAAUGCAAUUGGGAUGGUGAAGAAGGAAGGAGUUGAAAAGUUGGAUCCUUUAAUCAUUACUCAGGCUUCAUCUCAGAGUAUCUCUUCAGUGGGACUUUCAUCCAUGGAUGUUGUUAUAGUUAUAUUUAGGUCAUUUGAGUUUCCUAGUGAUCAGUUAUUUGUAGAUGUCACAAGAAUAUUGAAGCCUGGUGCGACUGUUUUAGUUAAGCCAACUUCUCUUUCAGCUUCAGAGACAACGACAAAAUCUACACUUGAGCGGAAGUUGCUCUUGGCUGGCUUUAUGGAUGUAAAAUCAUUGGAAUCUGUGCCAUCUUUUGGGGUAACUGGGAAGAGGCCUUCAUGGAAUAUUGGUUCAUCCUUCUCUAUUAAAAAAGUUGCAAAAAGUUUACCCAAAGUUCAGAUAGAAGAUGAUAUGGAUCUCAUUGAUGAGGAUAGCCUUCUAACAGAUGAAGAUCUGAAGAAACCUCAACUUCCAACUGUUGGUGAUUGUGAAGUAGGGAGUGCUAGGAAAGCCUGCAAAAACUGUACUUGUGGACGAGCAGAAGCAGAGGCAAAGGUGGAGCUUGGAUUGACCAUGGAUCAGCUAAACAAUCCUCAGUCUGCUUGUGGCAAUUGUGGUCUAGGUGAUGCUUUCCGGUGCAGUACAUGCCCUUAUAAAGGUCUUCCUGCAUUUAAACUAGGCGAGAAGGUAACACUUUCUGGGAAUUUUCUGGACGCUGACAUCUAGGAGCAGAUGUUGAAUUUGAAUAUUAUCGUACAUUUUGCCAUCUCGAGCGUGUUUCUGUUCCUUUGUUCCUAUGCAGUGCAGCGCCAGAGAAUUGUUUAGAUACAAAGUAGUGAUAAUGUUCAUUUUCUAUAAUAUACCCUCAUCAACAUUUGUUCCCUUUUUCAUCUCUUUUAUACUUUCUUCUAUGUGCUGCAAUUGCUAUUACAAAUUUUCUGUUUACUUCUCAAGGCUUAAAUUGUGAUGUGUAGUGCGUAACAGUGACGAACUAAAUACAUUCUUGUCUGUUAUUGUUAGGGUGAUUAUUGUUAGGGUGACGAACUAAGUACAUUCUUGUCUGUGAUUGUUAGGGUUUUUAUUUGUCUCUAUUAUAAAGUCCUUGGUAAA